AUGCCAGUGGCACCGGGUAAUGUGGAACAUUCGUUUGAAGCAAAACCACAUAUUCUGAACAUGCUACCUACCUUUAACGGGAAAGGUACUGAGGAGCCAUAUGCACACAUAGCAGAUUUUGAGGCAGUUUGUGGUAUGAUUGCUGGACACGGUUUCACGCCAGAUCAGGUUAAGUUGGUAUUGUUUCAGUUUUCAUUAAAGGAUGCUGCGAGGGAUUGGUUUACAUCGUUGUCUUAUGCUAGCAUUUAUACAUGGCAAGAGCUGCAGCAACAAUUUUUGGAUGAGUACUAUACCCCGCAAAGAACUAAAACGGGGAGAUUAGCAAUUAGAGAGUUCCAGCAACUACCGGGUGAGCUUCUUUACGAGGCUUGGAAACGGUUCAAUCAAUUGAUCCGUAACUGUCCUCAUCACGGUAUUCAAAGAUGGGAGUUGAUUACUGCAUUCCACGAUGGGAUUUCAAAUGAGGACAGACGGGAUAUUAAGGCUAUUACUGGAGGUACCUUUUUGAAAAAUCAUGUGGAUGUAGAUUGGGAUUACUUAGAUAUUGUUGCAGCAGAUUCAAAGAGGCAAGCACAGUCGGAUAGGAAUAAAAAGUAUCCAAUUGUGGCACCAUCAAGUGCGAGAGCUUCUAAUGCAAGGGUUGCGCAGCUAGAGAGAGAAAAGGAGGCAUUGGAACGCCAGUUAGCGAAAUUUAGAGGUUUGGGUGAACGGGAUGCAUUGCAUGCGGCGCAAACCUUUCCGGCUUGUGAUUCAUGUGGAGAUUUGGGACAUACAUUGGAUGCAUGCCCGGGUCAGUUUGUAGCGGCUGAGGAGGACGUGAACAUGGUACCGAAUCAAGGAAGCCAGCCGUAUCAGAACCGUCAGUCGAAUUAUAAUCAGAAUUACCCUCAAGGAAAUUACAACAAGGGCAACCAAAGAAGUUAUCAGCAACAACAGGAGCAGGGCAAGGCAAAUACUUCAAACGAGGAGGUUUCCAAUCGGGAGAUUAUGGAAAUGUUGAAGCAAAUGAAAAAAGACUAA